CGAUGGUUUUCAUGUAACAUUAAAUGCUGCAUACUCGCUUCACUUCCACAAGAUCAAGCAAAAAAAAAAAAAAAAAAAAAAUACACCGGGCAGGCACUGCUAAUGCAAGGAGGAACACACUCUGAGCAGUUUAGAGUAACAACAAUACCGGAGAGACCAUUAAAGACUGAGAAAAGAGUAGGUUUCCGUGUUAUCGGAGCUCGAUAGCUCGGGUCUGGAAACACUGAAGGCGGACUGUUUGACAAUCAUGGAGGUCCGGAGAAGAGGAGUGGUCCAACUUUGACAACAUUAGGUUUUUUUGAAGUAGCACCGCAUCAUGGCUUCUGUUCUGGAGGAUCCGACCCUGGAGAGGCACUUCAAGGGACAUAAAGAUGCUGUGACUUGUGCAGACUUCAACCCAAACCGCAAACAGCUGGCCUCAGGUUCAGCAGAUAAAACCCUGAUGAUAUGGAAUCUGGCACCGAAAGCAAGGGCUUACCGCUUUGUUGGCCACCAAGAUGUCAUCACCGGGGUGCAGUUCUCCCCCUCUGGUAACCUGGUGGCCACUUCGUCCAAGGACCGAACAGUGCGUCUGUGGACUCCAUCCAUGAAAGGAGAGUCAACGGUUUUUAAAGUGCACACGGCAGCCGUCCGCAGUGUUUCUUUUUCCCACGAUGGCCAGAGGCUGCUGACGGCAUCCGAUGACAAGUCAGUCAAAGUGUGGAGUGUUCACCGCCAGUGCUUCAUCUAUUCUCUGAACCAGCACACCAACUGGGUCCGCUGUGCCAGAUUUUCUCCAGAUGGGCGGCUCAUAGCGUCUGGUGGAGAUGACCGCUCUGUGCGUCUGUGGGACACCUCCACCCGACAGUGCAUCAACUGUUUCACUGAAUAUGGAGGAUCGGUAUCGUUUGUUGAUUUCAACUCGAGUGGCACUUGCAUUGCCUCCUCGGGCUCUGACGGGUCUCUUAAAAUCUGGGAUCUACGGACGAACAAGCUCAUUCAGCAUUAUCAAGUUCACACUGGGGGAAUCAACAGCUUUUCCUUCCAUCCAUCAAACAACUACCUUAUCAGUGGCUCCAGUGACAGCACAGUUAAGAUCGUGGACCUGGUAGAAGGACGCCUCAUCUACACCCUCCACGGACACAAGGGGGCUGUGCUAACUGUGAAGUUUUCUAGGACUGGAGAUCUGUUUGCCUCCGGGGCAACAGAUGGUCAGGUGCUGAUGUGGAAGACGAAUUUUGACUCCAGAUCGUACCAGGAAGUCCUACAACAACACAGCCGGAGGUCAACCCCUGAUCCUCCUCCCCACCUGACCGACGUCUAUCCCCGAGUGCCCCACCUCCACACCCCACAGCCCACUGCUAUCCAGAUCAGUCCAACAGUUGCUGAUACUCAGUCCACUGACCCACGUGUCAUUGAGUUGGGCCAAGGAGUUUACAACACACUGCUCUUAAAUGGUCGGACGCACUCGACACCCACAUGGACUGCUGCUAAGAGUCAGCACUCCAACGGUCCAUGGGUGCAUCACAUCAGCAGCUCCAGAGCAGAGGGGUGGACGGGGGGUGAAUCUAUGGUUGGGGGAGGAAGAGGAGGGAGGCAGGAAGAGGAGGAGGAAGAGGAGAAAGGAUGCUCCGGUUAUCCGGCGGCUCUAGACUCCACCCUGCGGCACAUUGUCCAGCAGCUGGAUAUCCUCACACAGACGGUAUCGGUGCUGGAGGAGCGUCUCACUCUGACUGAGGACAAGCUGAAGGAAUGUCUCAACCAGUCGCAGAUCCUCAGAGAUGUGCGAGCAUCGAGAGACAGGCAGAGGAUGGAGAGUGAGCGGGUGGACGGGUUCACCUGAACACGACGCUUAUUUGGAUCAGACCCUCAGCUUUACUGCCAACACUGAUGACGAAGUACAUGCGUUGUGUUUGUGUUAACCCUUUUGUGCACAAUGAGCUUUUAUCGCAAUGAAUGGAUUUCAACUUUUCCACAAUUCUUUUUUUUUAUGACAGAUUCUUUUUUUUUCCCUUUCUUGCUCGUUGAGUAAAAUUCUGUUUUGUACUGUUAACCUAUGAAUGAUAUGGUCCAACAGUGUCCUGUUUUUGUUUUAUAUAUAUUCGGGUUUAUCAUGAAAUUAAUUCUGUCAUUAUUUAAGCUUCAAGGUAUUCAUGAAGAUUAAAGGUUAAAGGUUUACUCACUUUAUCAUACCAGUAUGGAAAUUCAGUCUCUGCAUUUUACCCAUCCUAAUCAAAUCAAUCAAUCAAAUGUUAUUUAUAUAACGUCACAUCAUAACAAAUGUUAUCUCAUGACACUUCACAUUUAGAGCUGGUCUAAACCAGACUCUCUAAUACACACACAAUAUUAGCAUUCACAUUAGUAUUUGUAAUAGUGCUAGUAUUAGUACUGGCAUUAGUAUUAGUAUUAGUAUUAGUAUUAGUAUUAGUAUUAGCUCAGGGACCAACUCCAGAUCUUCAUCAGCACUUUGCUCAAGGGCACUGACAGGAGAACUAACCUGCGUAUAGCUGUUUUUGAUAACAUGGUAAACUAGAAGAAAACAUUUAUCAAAAAUUGUUGUUUUCAUCAAAUUAUUGUUGAUAGAUUUCUCUUUAUCUUUCAAUGUUUUAACAAAUAAAUCCAAAUUACUGUUAAAAUAAUCAUUUAAAUUUGUAAUUAUUAAUAUAGUGUUUCUCCCAGCACAAAACUUCACACAUGCAUAACCCACAAUAAUAUAACCCUUGGAAAUCUGGCGAUUUGGAACUUAACCCCCCCCAUCUGUAUCGAAUGUGACAUAUUCACAUACAAUGAAGCUUACAUUGUUGGGGGCUGACAGCAAGGGUAUAUCCCUGAAAUCCCCUCAGUCUUUGAACAUUUGUGAGAUGAUCAAUAUGAACCAAAUUUUGUCUCAAACGGCCUAUUUUUGCUUGAUUUAUGCCCAAAAAACUGAUUUUGAACUAAAGCGCCCCCAUUUAGAUGACUUGUAAUACUCAUAGAGAAGCUGAACUCGAUAGGGUUCUUCCACUAGGGGUCCCCUAUGUUGGUUAUCAAGAAGAAGAAAUCCAACCAAAUCUGUCCUAGUUAUCGCGUUCUUCUUUGCUACAUUGUGAUGCAAGCCUGCAGAAUUUCCACCCAAAAAAGUGUGAAAAGUGAUUUAUUAUCACCAGUGCAGCCUCUGUCAUCCUCCAUCAGGAAUUAAAGUGAAUAAAUGCAUGGAGGAAACAAAAAGUGUUGCAUAUCCCACCAAAUUUCAGAGAUGUCAUUUUUCAGGGCUCUAAUAUUAUCACAGGACCUCUCUGUUUGCUGGCAUAGGGUGGGUCAUUUGCAGUGGAAUUUGCAGUAGUACUUUACAAAUCACAGAAAGUGGCUGAUUCUAGUCCUGUGCAAAGAGGACUUGUAUCAUACAUACAUACAGAAACACAGAGAGGGAAUACGAGUCAUUUUUGACCUGUGUUUUGCAUUGGAAGGGGCUCACGCAACCUGUGUAUCAAAGGGUUAAACGUCCACCUCUGCGGUCCUUCUCAAGGGUCAGUGGCUUCAUCAGGAUUGGUCAAAGUGGGUUUGUGUGUGCGUCUGGAAAACCAACAUAUUUCCUCCAUGUCUUUCUUCACUUCUUAAGGACAUCCAUCUGUGCGUUCCAGAACAGUCUGCCUGGGACGUUCCUGUUAGUGUGUGUUUGUGUGUUAUGGAUGUUAUGUCCCGUCAGGACAGCUGCAGCUAUGAAAACAGACGGUGCUUGUCUCCUGUACGACCUCAGAGUUUGUGGCUUUACAUGAGAACACUUGUUUCAGCAGUCACCUUUUUAAUGUAAUCUUUUUGCAACUUUGCAUAAUGCUGUGUUAUUUUAAAACUAUGUAUUUCCUAAAACGCAAUCUAUUUGUGUAACUUUUAUUUAUAUGAAUAAAUUAUUUGUUUAUAGCCCUUACAGGCUGUGUCUGCAUCUGCAUCAUCUAAGUCAAUAAAACUGUAUUUAUUA